AUGGUCUCCGGCGUCCGCCUCCUCAGCGCACGCGUGCCCUCCUCGCUGGGCAUACACCCCGAGACGUUCGACACGAUGUGGUGGGACAUCCCAGAAGAGUUCCGCACCGUCGAGGAACUGAAAGAGAGCCUCUCGCUGUGGUUCACCCCUGAGGUGCGCGACCGCAUCGUCCAGCCCAUCAUCGUCGACCACAAGUCACGCGUAGGUCCCACCGGGGUGAAGCCGGCGUGCUCGCCUGCGUGUGAGAUGCGCGGGGAGGCCGCUUGGUCGUUCACCUCUGGUACCGACGAGCAUGUCGACUGGGCGGCUGUUCGGCGCCGUGUGUCCGGCGAAGUCGACGGCGUCGCCGGUGGGGCCAUCGACGUGGACAGCGCCAACGCGACACCGUCGAGCAAGAAGCACAAGAACAGAAAGAAGAAGCGCAAGGACACGGCGGCGGCUGAUGACGACGGGGCGGUGGGUGGUGGAGCGCCUACAGAGGAAAACGUUGUCUCUUGCACGACGACAAGCCUCCCGACGACGCCGUCGACACCGUGCGCCAACGCCACCGUCAAGCCGUACCACCCGCUCACCCUUGACUCCAGCGACAAGGACUGGCACAACGGCAGAGGCUUCCUCCAAGGCAUCAACAACGUCACCUUGAACCCGGUAUGGCAGUGCGACUUGACGCCCAUCCCUGUCGACGAGAUACAACGUCGCAUCAUUGGCCUCUUUCGCCGGCCGGCAGGCUACAUGAUCGUUCCAGGGGAAAAAGUCCCAACGAUGCGCUUCGUUGAGGAUAUGCAGAAGGGCCUCAUGGACCCCCACGGGCCGGCGGCGCCGCGGUGCAGUGGCACCUGUGACCGCCCACCGGAGAGGUACUUCUACACCACAGCCUCGACACACCCUCUGCCUAUUGGAGAGGUCAUGAGGCUUCGCGACGAGGUGAGGGAUCUCGCCAACGAGCACACCAUGUUGUCCUAUUGCGACCGCGUUCGGCCCUCCCUUGCGCCGGGUGAAUCGAGGGAGUUACGGUUUGGGUGGGAUCCCAUGCCGAGCUACACCCUGCCCGCUGGUUCUGACGGCGACUCGACACGAUAUGGCCUGAACAGCGCCACACCCCAACAAGGAGACCGUGACGACGACAGUCUCGUCACUCGAACGCUGUCGAUGUUCGUCACUGGGGGCUUACGCGCAGACGACGUCGAUGAGGGGACAGCUCUGACGGCACGGAAGAAGAAAAAGCAGAAGAAGAAGAAGACCAAGAAGCGGACCUCGAACGUUGCACCGGCGCCAGCAGGGCUGGAAGAAGGCGAGCGAGCGGGCCAGGACGUCGAGGACGACGAGGCGAUGGCUCCCGUCACAGGCGACAUGUCGACGCGUUCGGCCAACGUUCACCGUCUGGCUGACCAAACGAGUGAGGGGUCAAGCCCAAAGGCAAUUCAGUCACUGCCAUGCUGGAACGCCCUUGUGCCUCGCUUCGAGGCGAACAUCUUGCCUGGCGAUCGGGAACACGCGCCGGGCGUCCUCCUAGGUCUUAAUGACCGGCUUGAGCCGGCCUGGUACUACGACAUCUCCGACAUGGCAUCUAACCAGCUCAAGAUCAACCUCGACCGCUACUUCUCAGGACGGGGACAGCUUUCCUUCACGACGGCCAUUACUAUGGACCUCACAGACAACUACGGGUCGGCGCCAACCACGUGCAGCUGGCGCUGCAACCGCGGCAACUGCGACGGACAGAAGCCAUUCUUCUACACCACAGUCUCGCUGCAUGCCCCAGACAAACAGCAGCUGGACCGCCUAAUCGCUCUCAAUUCAUCGCGGUCAGUGGACCCGGUCGCGGAAAUGGUAGUAGACUUCACCAUGCGCAUGGGAGUGCCGAUCGACAACCCGCAAGAGGCAGCACGAGCCAUCAGCGAACGGGCGCAGUCCAGCUCGUCCCGAUUUCGGACGUUCCACCCUCCCGGUGGGCCAAGCAGCUCAGGGGCAGACGCACCUCGCGUAGAGGACCUCUCCGACUCGUGGAUGAACAACAGCGAUGAGGACAAGGUGAGGACCGCGACGAAGAAGAACAGGAAGAAGAAGAGCAAGGGGAAGGGUAAGCAGAAGGAGUUCAAGUCCCACCCAGAACCGAGAUCGGACGAUGUCGACUCGCCGCCCCGCGACGUCUCGGUACUCGACGACGGUUCGACACACGCCGACGACGAGAUGGACGCGGCCGACCUGUUCCGACUAGCGACCCCGUCCACCGCCGUCCCAGAGGCCGAGAACCCCACUCGGCUGACAGUGCUGGGAAGGAAGCAGACAUGCUUCUGUGAGGAGUGCAUGAACCCGCCGGCGAGGUACGCGCGGCUCGACGAUACCGACCUCGAGGACGACUAG